AUGCCACAAACCCUCUACCCCCGCGCCACGCUGCGCAAAAUCAUAAAAGCGCAUGCAAAUCGCAGUGUUAGCAGAAAUGUGGAUAUUUUGAUAUAUUUAAACUACAUGCUUUUCAUGCAAGAACUCCUCAAUGAAGCCACCAUCAAAGCCAAACUCAACAACGAGCGCAGUCUCAGCGCAAGGAGUAUCCGCAGAGUGAGCGAGCGCACGUUGCGGAAGUAUAAGGGGUAG